AUGGCGCCCUCGUCGGUCCCUCCCAACCCGACGGCCCACAAUGUCGCCCAGUUGCUGCCAAAGCUCAACGAUGACGACCCCGAUUUCCGCUUCAUGGCCCUGAGUGACCUGCACGACAUCCUCGUUGUGGCCCACUCAGGCCUCCUGCUCCACGACGACGUCACAAGUGCAAAGACUGUCGAGGGCCUACUCAGCACACUGGUCGACACCAAUGGCGAGGUCCAGAACCAGGCCGUCAAGUGCCUGGGGCCUUUUGUAAACAAAAUUCCUGACAAGACGCUCCCGGUCAUGAUCGAGAAGCUUUCUAAUCUGCAGACGGACAAGACAGUGGAUCAGUCGAUACCAUCGCUUGCUCUCCGCGAGGUCGUCGUUUCUCUCCCGCGUCCGGUCACCGGCGUUGCGCGCGGCAAACCUAUAACAGAUGCAUACAGCGCAAUCAGCAGGGUCUUGAUCCCGCGUCUAGUCGGAUACUAUGUCAUUCCCCCAGUACAGCAGGGUCUUCCCAAGCCACCCAAGGGCAUGCUACAGGUGGAUUUGGACAAGGGCACAGAUAGCAACGCCAUCGACGUUUUGACUGAAGUCGCGAGAUGCUUCGGCCCUAUGCUACAGGAUGUGGAGGUCCAGGCGCUGCAGAAGGUUACAUUUGAAAUUCUCGAGAACGAGCGGGCGAGUUCCAUGAUGAAGAAGAAGUCGGUCACAGCCAGCUCCACGCUGGCCGUUUACUUCUCCGACCAGCUCCUGAGCAGCUUUCUAUCGCGUGUUAUUGAGCUCCUCCGAGAUCCUCACUUGACUCGCAGCAAGCGCAAACUGUACAUCACCAUCCUAGGCUCAAUGGCGCGGUCAAUCCCUCGCAAGUUCGGUCCAUACCUCAAGACCUUAGCGCCUUUCGUACUGAGCGCACUCAGCGCACAAGAGCAGGAUGAAGAGAUGGACGCGUCAGACGACGAGGGCGAGCGGGACCCUGAAAUUGACGAGGUUUUGGAGGCGGCACUUAUUGCGCUGGACGGCUUCCUGGCCUCCUGCUCACAGGACAUGCGCAUGUAUACCGACGAGACUAUCGAGGCCGCAACACGCUUCCUCAAGUACGAUCCCAAUCUCGCACAAGAUGACGACGAGGACGAGGACGAGGACGCCAUGGUGAGCGACGAAGAAGAUGCGCUCGAGGGCGAAGACUUUGAGGAAGAGGCUGGCUAUGACGAUGACGAAGAUGCAAGCUGGAAGGUUCGCAGGUGUGCGGCUAAAAUUCUGUACACAGUGAUCUCGACGCGGAGUAACGGCGAUCUACUAGAUGAUGGGACCCUCUACAACCGUGUUGCUCCAGCACUCAUCACUCGAUUCAAGGAGCGGGAAGACAAUGUACGUUUGGAGGUUCUGGCCACGUUAUCAAACCUCGUCAAAAAGUCAGGCGAUGGACCCUCGCCCGUCAAGUUUGCCGAUGAGCACACACAGGGUGGUUCAAUGAUGCCACCACCAAGCCGAAAGCGUCGUCGGGGCGGUAGUGACGCCAGCAUGUUCGAUCUCCAUGCUAGUUCGUCCUUGUCCAUGGGCUAUGCCUCACCCGCACCUGCUGGUACACCUCCAGUUGGGCCCCGAGCCAGCCUAGCCAAGCUGAGCCCGGACAUUGUCAAAGGAGUGGCGCAACUUCUCAACCAGUCGUCCUGCCCGCCCACCACGAAGCAAGCGUCAAUCAGUUUAAUAAAGGACAUUGUCAUCACUCAGCAAGGCGGACUUGAGGGAUACCUAAACCAGCUCAUUGAGCCGGUCGUGGAGGCCGCUCAAAUCACCAGUGGAGCCACAAGCAGCGCAUCCGCAACAGCAAACAGCUUGCGCAUUCAUGCUCUACAAUUGAUUGGCGCCAUCGCUGAUACCCACCCCUCGAAAGCUAUUCAACCAUAUUUGGCGUCGGUCGUUGCCGCACUUCUCCGUGGAGUCAAGGACAAGUACAGUAAACUAUCAAUCGAAGCACUGGCAGCCACAGAACAGGUCAUCAAGGCACUCACGCCACCUCGAUCAGCCACUUCGGGUCCGCAGAACCAGGAGCACCUGGAACAACUAUAUGAGGCCCUGGUCAACCGGAUAACUGCAAACGAUGCCGAUGUAGAAGUGCGGCGCAGUGCUAUCCAUGUAUUGGGCCUGUUCCUUGGAAGGAGCUCUGGAACGGAAGGCCUCAUUUCCCAGCAGAAGCGGGCGGCCGGAAUGGAGCUUUUAGCCGAACGUUUGAAGAAUGAACUGACACGCCUUGCUGCCGUUCGUGCUAUUGGCUCGAUUGCUGCUCACACGAAGGCAGAGAACGAGUUAUCAGCCAAGUGGGUUCGAGGCGUCACACUAGAACUAGGUGCUCAACUACGAAAAGCCAGUCGUGCAUUACGCGGUGCCAGCUUGAGCGGUCUGCGGACUCUAGCAUUGAACCCCCUGUCACGAAGUCAGCUGGAUGGUCAGACCAAGGCACAAGUUGUCGAUAUGCUGGUGCCGCUGCUGAAUGCCACCGACCUUCAUCUACUUGGCCCCACUCUUAUUAUACUGGCUACAUUCGUCAAGGAUGAUGCGCAAACUAUCAUGACGCCGCAUCUCAACGUCGCGCUUUGCCAGGUUGUGCAGGGCUCUAUCAGUGGUUCGUCAUUGGACGCCCUGCUAAAGCUUGUGCACAUCAUAGGUGAGCAGCGAGCUGGCCAGGCGCUGAUGCAGUCUUUGCUACAAGAUGUUGGUGUUACUGGACAUGCAGAUGUUGUGGGGAAGGUUAUCGGAAAUCUUUUGGUAUAUGGCGGCAGCAGCGUUGGUGUAAAGCUGGAGCAAUUCGUUACUGAGCUGGAGACGGCUCAAGAUGACAAGCGUAAAUGCCUUGCACUUGUCGUGCUUGGUGAGUCUGCCCUGCGAUUGGGAUCACAGUCAACCGUUGAUCCUAGAUUGUUCAUCAAACACUUCUCGGCCCAGUCGGACCAGGUACCACUUGCAGCUGCGGUAGCCCUUGGACGAGCGGGUGCCGGAAGUGUUAGCAAGUAUCUGCCUGUAAUUCUUUCGACUAUGGGUUCGCCAUCGGCUCCUCAGUAUCUUCUCCUACACUCCAUUAAGGAGAUCCUUCAGCAAGACGAUACUGAGUCAGAGAUCAUCCCAUUUGCUUCAACAUUAUGGCAGAAUCUCGUUGCGGCCUCUCAACUCGAAGACAAUAAGGCGAUCGGUGCGGAGUGUAUCGGCAGACUUACAAUUAUUGACCCAAAGACGUACCUUCCUCAGCUCCAGGCAUUCUUGAAUGACCGCAAAGGAAGCGUUCGCGGCAUGGUCAUAUCUGCGCUACGAUACACAUUCACUGACACUGACGAAGCUUAUGAUGAGUACCUUAGGCCAAUCGUUGUCCCCAUGCUUGUCCAGAUGCUUAACGAGCCCGACCUGGAGAAUCGUCGCCUGGCCCUGAUGACGUUCAACUCGGCUAUGCACAACAAGCCUGACAUCAUUCUACCAGCAUUGGAUCAGCUUCUACCACUUGCUAUGAAGGAAACGAUCAUCAAGCCAGAACUGAUCCGCGAGGUACAGAUGGGUCCGUUUAAGCACAAGGUUGAUGACGGUCUGGAGAUCCGCAAGAGCGCAUACGAGACUCUUUACGCCCUCCUCGAGAAGGCCUUCGCUAGGCUGUCACCGAUUGAGGUCUCUGACUUCUUCGACCGUAUAGUCGCCGGCAUCACGGACGAGCACGAUAUUCGCAUUCUCUGUAACCUCAUGCUCACCAAGCUCAUGGCUAUUGCGCCUGGUCAGGUUCAUUCGCGCCUCGAGUCCAUCGCCGAGAAUUUCCGCGCCGUUCUGCUCAUCAAGCCGAAAGAGAACGCCGUCAAGCAGGAGAUCGAGAAGAACCAAGAAGGAGCUAAGGGCGUGUUGAAGGUCUCGGCUCAGCUGAACAAGCAGAUGGGCACCGAAGGUAGUGCAGGCCAAGAUGACCCGCAGCUGAGGGCUUGGUCGCAAUACUGGGAAUGGAUUAGCAAGGAAUAUCAGGCUGGGUUGAAGACGGUCACGGAUGAGAUGAAGGAGCGUGAUCGCUGA